AUGUUGAAGCUGGUGGUGUUGUCUUGCGUCCUGGCGGCGACGUCCGCGUCGGCCAUCCUUGGAUACGGUGGAUAUGUGGCACCAUUUGCCCCCUUGGCCUACUCUGCGCCUCUACUGCAGCCUUACAACUACCGUGGACCGCUCUCUUUGGCCCCUGGUCAGCCCGCUAACAUAUUGGCUUCUGACGGUAGGCCCCUUGACACUUUAGAUGUGAACGUGGACCGAUCAGCUCAUUUCACUGCCAAACUUCUAGACAGUGGACUACAUGUACUCAAGAAGCGCUCUGCAGCUCUGAUUACACCCAUCGCUGCUUCGUUAGCUUAUGCUGCGCCGCUUAUCCAACCAUACAACUACCGUGGACCCCUGUCUCUUGCUCCUGGUCAACCUGCGAACAUUCUAGGUGCCGACGGAAGACCCCUGGACACCCUCGCCGUCAACUUGGACCGUUCCGCUCACUACACUACUAAAGCACUUAAUGGUGUGCAUUUCUUAAAGAAACGUUCUGCCCCCUUUGUUCCCAUCAGCACGGUUGCCGUUGCUAGGACGCCACUGAUCACCUCUGCCUAUACGUACGCUACACCCAUCGCAGCUGCUCAUCUCAGCCCGAUAGCUUACACUGCUGCCCAUGUUACCCAUGUCCUA